AUGACGACGUUUGCUUGCCUCGCGUUCAUGCGGUUCGAUCAACUGCGCCUCAUCGGCUUUCCGCCCGAAGCCAAAGACUGGACACCCAAGCGAUCCUGCGCCCCUCAGCGGGACUCCGUGGGCGCCAAAGGGUCGCGAUUAUCGCGCUUUCUUGUGCUCGAGAUCCUCUUAGCGCUCAAGCGCCACGGCUACACCCUUCACUCGUCCAGCGACGUCUCCAACUCGGAGCGCACGCGCGACACGCUCGUUUUCAGCUUUGAUCUUCCUGAAGAGUCGCCAACGAUGUUUGCGAUCUCGACCAACGCGAGCGACCUCCUCCACUUGCUGCGCGCGCCUGUCGAGCUCCAAACCGUGGUUGAGCAGCUCAUUGCGCACCACUGGCCGGCCGCCAGGACUGCAUCGCAAGACGCUCGACUACGUGCCGGACUGCACUGCACUGAGCUCAAGUUUCGAGAGAGUCCGUGGGGCUUUAGCGGCAUGAGCAAUAUGAGCGACGACGACAGCGCAUGCAUCGUUCUGCUCUACCUCUUGGCCGCGCUCGAGGAACGUGGCUGGCACUUGUACGGGUCGAUUGGUCAGGCGACGAGCAUCUCGGACGGCCGCGCCAAGGACACGUGGUAUCAAGCGGUGCCAUUUGCAGUACCCGUCGCAAAAGACUGUGGCGAUCCGAUGGCGCCAUCGGCUCCGGCGUACAUGGCCUAACUCAAAAUCAAUGAAGUUAUCCAAGUGUCUUAGUAUACAGAAGACGCUGCGGUUUUC